UUCGCUUAGCCUAUUGCCAAACAAUGAUAUUCACUUGUUUCUUCUCAAGGGUUUAAGGACGCACUGGCACAGACGCACAGUACACACUGACAGCGAACGAUAAUUUAGGGCCGCUGCAUGUACCGAUGGAGACGAAGAGGGUUCGAUUGGUGUUCAAAAAUGACGAGAUUUUGAGAGAAACACAGAAAUCGGAUGGCUUGAAUCGAUGCUGGGUUUUGUUGAAAUCCGAUCAACACAGGACAGUAGCCGAUGUCGCCUCUCACCUCCUCCAAGCUUUCCAGCUCCACCAGUCCUGUCCCCAUGGCCUCCUUCUCUCUAUGGACGGAUUUGUGUUGCCACCUUAUGAGUCAACUACCAUUUUGAAGGAUAAAGAUCUGAUCAGAGUAAGGAAGAGAGAGGAUGCCUUGUUUAUAGGAGGUCAUAAUGCUGCUCAUUCAGUCAAGAAAUUGAAAGCUUUGGAAAAUCAACCUGUAAAUAGCAGUUUCUUGCUUUUAUCAAACGUGGAGUUUGAGAAAGGAAAAGAAGUUUAUGAGAGUGAUAAGUCUGAAGAGGAGAAUGACCUCUUGGAAAAUGUGGAGAAUCCACCUGCUGUAAAUGCAGAUUCCAAGAAGCGAAAAAGAAAUGGAUCAGAGAAACUUCAAUGUUCCAUGAAGAAAAAAAAACGUUCUGAGGCUCCUGAAACUGUUGCAAGUGACAGUCAUGUUGAAAGGAUUAAAAACCCUCAGCAGGAUGGAGUUUCAACUAAACAGAAUAGCCUUUCACAGGUGGAGAAGAAAUCUGAUUCUAACGACAAAGGAAACAAGGAAAACAAUCAGGAAAAUGCUAAAUUAAGUGACGACAAUGAUGAUUCUACGCCAAGCACAAAAAGAAGUUUGGAGCUUCAAGAGAAUGGUGAAGAGAGUAAGGAUGCCAGCCAUGCACCUAAGGAAACUAAAAAGGUUCCAAGUAGAAAUGCUAGGCGGAAACGUGCUAAAAGGCAAUGGUUGCGUGAAAUGGCGAAAAUUCAGAAGAAAAAUGCAACUUCUGAAUCAGAAAGUCUUAGAAAUUGGAAAGAGGACCAAGCUAAAGCUGAAAAAAAUAUGGCGGAUGGCCAACCAAGAGGAGUGUUACAUUGGAAGCAAUAUCCUGGAAGUAAGACGUCUAACAAUAUGGAAAAACAUCAACAACAAAAUCAAGAUAUAAAUGCACAUAAACACUCAAAUAGAAAUGGUUCUACUUCCUGGCAUUCAAAUCAAUAUAGUGAUGAGGAGGCUGAAGUUGUUCCUGUUGUUGUAAGGCCGGGACACAUCCGCUUUGGGAAUGUGGUGAAAGAACCAGCUAUGCCUAAGAGUCAAAUACAGGUGGAAAAAUCCCAAAGGAAUGGAAUUACCAGCAAGAAGGGCCAAAAAUGGGGUACCACAAAAUGUCCAUUCACUCGAAGAAAUGACUGUAAAGAUUCAAACAAAGAUUGUUCUGAAACACCGAAUAAUGAAAAAGAGACAAUGUCAUAUACCGGAAUUGACUUUGAUAACCUUCAGCCCCUUUGUAGCAUGCCCAAGGAAGGAGAUGUGAUCGCAUAUCGGACUCUGGAGUUAUCAUCAUCCUGGAUCCCUGAGCUUUCACCCUAUCAAGUUCGAAAAGUAUCAUGGUAUGAUGCUGGAUCUGGUCAGAUUAUGCUGACACCGGUCUCAGAAUACCCAGUUGUUUCUAAGAAGUUAGAUGAUGAUAAAUCUACACAGCCAAAUAACUACCUUCACAAAGACGAUGAAGCGUUGGAGAUUGAUUUCUAUUCACUUGUUGAUGUCCGUAUAGUAAAAGGUGGCAGUUCAGGACUAAUAAAUGUAGGCCCUAGUUGGGUAAAUGGAAGUCCCAUGGGCAAUGAAAGUGCUGCAAUUACUGUAUCGUCGAGCAGUAUUAAUAAACAAACAGUUGUCCCCAGCCAAGAGAACGAAGGAGUAAACAAUGGUAAGCCAACACAUGCCCCUGAAGCAGAGAUUGGGGGUAUAAGUGCUUGGGACAUUUUUUUGACUGAAACUUUACCUGCCGGGGAGGAACAACCAUCAGAGAAAAAUAGCUGGGGCAAGUAUGCCAAGGUACAACUUUAUGCCAAUACUGUACAAACACAGCAGGAAGAUAGCUGGGACAAGAAUGCCAAGACGGUACAUUCAGUGACAGAUGGUAGCUGGGGCAAAAAUACCAAGUCGGUACAAUCACAGCAAGAAAAUAGAUGGGGUCAGAAUGCCAAGAAGGUGCAAUCCCCAGGGGAAAAUAGUUGGGGCAGGCAGAAUGCAGGCCGAAAACCAUGUUCAUUUAAAAGUUCGAGAGGUGGUGCACAUGGCUCAACUAUGUCUAGAUGGAAGAAUGGGAACUAGUUCAAGGUAUUCGUUUGUACAAAUUCUAUGUUCUACCUUGUGUUUUUGUAAUCCUGCGGCAGUAAAUGACUAUAUACCUGCAUUGUAGUACACGGGGAUCUUCUCCGAAUGUUACCCCAUUUGCAGAAUUUUAAACAGCUCGGUUCUAUUUAUUGUUGUUAGUCAUAAGAGGUGAUUAAACUUGUGUAAUAUUAGCAUGAAUGUCCAAAACCUUUCUA